UCAGGGGGAGGACAUUCCGUUCCGCCGAGCCUUUGGCGGCGACUUCCGUGCUGUCGCGGGCGAGCCUGGGCGUGGAGCCGGAGUCCCCGUCAGCGCGGCGAGGCAGCUCCCGGCCGGCAGAGGGCGCCGGGCCUCUGCGUCACCACGUCGGCCCGGCGCCCAGGGGGCCGCGCUAGAGAGUCUUCCGGCUCACAGUUUGUUCUCUCCGCUCGUCCGUACGAGACGUUCUGGAAAAGACACGUGGAAGCCCUCGGGCUCAUCCGUUAAAGGGUUUACGUGUAGGAUCGAAUUACAGUCUUCAGUGACUGUGCAGGGUGUGUCCUUCCACCCUGACCGAGCACCGCACGUGCUGGGCGGCGUGUCAGGCGCUGAGAGGAUGACAGUGGCCCAAACAGGUUAAGAACCCCUGCUGUAGGGUCUCACAUGUAACCGAAGCUGCCUUGGGAUUUACUAUGUAGCCUGACAAUCUUCAGGCACCUGACAAUCCUCUGGCUUCAGUCUCCUGAGUACCAGAAUUGUAGAAGAAGCAUUCAUCGAGAUAUGAGAGACCUGACAUACAUCUGAAGAAGAUGAUUUAAAAAGACAUGCCUCCUCCUGACAGCCUUUCCCAAGGACACUGUCUGAUGUAGAUGACUCCAGCCCUGCUCUACAUGCUCUCAUUUUAUUCCUGUGCAGAUUUCUUUUGGAGCAUUUAUCACAAUGAAUACCACAAGAAGGUGCUGGAUCCUCUGGAACUGGAGUUACAGACAGUUGAGACCUGCCUUGUGGGAGCUGGUAAUUGAACCUGCAUCCUCUGGAGGAGCAGCCAGUGCUCUUACCUCCUGAGUCAUCUCCUCAGCCUUCACUACAGAUUCUUUGAAGGAUGCAAUUAUGUGCUCAGGGUAGCAUACGGCUCAGAUCUGAACCACAGUUGUGAUUGUUUGCAGCUCGCCGUUGCCUGGGAUGUUAUUUUAAGAAAGCAGAAGCAACAUCAUUUGCACACUCCUUAUAGACACACACCUUGGCCCAGGCUUUCUGGCUUUAGUGUUUCAAAAGUGAAGACAAGAUGAAGAAGACCCACUUGCUUCUCUGGGGAGUCCUGGCCGUUUUUGUCAAGGCUGUCCUUGUAACCGGUGAUGAUGAAAAGAUCAUUCUUGCUGACAACAAAUGCAUGUGUACCCGAGUUACUUCCAGGAUCAUCCGGUCCACCGAGGAUCCUAAUGAGGACAUUGUGGAGAGAAGUAUCCGAAUUGUCGUCCCUCUGAACAACAGGGAGAAUAUCUCGGAUCCCACCUCUCCACUGAGAACGAAAUUUGUGUACCAUUUGUCGGACCUCUGUAAGAAAUGCGAUCCUGUGGAAGUGGAGCUGGAUAACCAGGUUGUUACUGCCAGCCAGAGCACUAUCUGCAACGAAGACAGUGCUGUCCCCGAGACCUGCUACAUGUACAACAGAAACAAGUGCUACACAGCUCUGGUGCCACUUAUGUACCGCGGUGAGACUAAAAUGGUAGCCUCAGCUCUCACCCCUGACUCUUGCUACCCUGACUAGUUUGAGUCAUUGCUCACGCUGCAGCUGUCUUUAGGAGCUCUCCAUUUGAACCCAGAAGUUAUCCCCACUGCUAAUGGAGUGGAACAGGAUUUCUUUUCCUUUUCCAUGGUAUAAAACUAACAUUCCCUUAAAAUAUCAACAUUGCUGUCAUUAUUAUGUAAUUCCUUCUCGGUUCUAAGUAUUAAAUCCUCAGGCUUGGGGAUUUAGCUCAGUGGUAGAGUGUUUGCCUAGCAAGCACA